UCAUCAAAAUCUGACUCGGCAUAUGACACGUCAUCAAUGUCAAUCGCAUAAAACGACGCCGUAUACUGAAGGUAAAAAACAAAAACAAAUGAAGGAGGGAAAAGUCACUCUCGGUUGCUUGCCGCCGCACACACUGUCAAACCUCCUCCACUACCCCUUUAUUAUCUUCUCACCGCCGCUCAGCGCCGCCACUUCUCUAACUUACGCCAUCUGUCCGUCGUACACUCAACACCAACCCUUUCUUCUAAACCCCAAACCCAAAAAUUACCCAACUUUGGCGGGAAAUUGAACAGAAUAAAAAAGCUUCCAUCUUUUUAAUGCAAUCAACAUUAAAUUCAUCAUUCAGUCACACCCAAUUGAAUUUUCAAACGAAAGUUCAAAACUUUCCUAAUUCUCACACAAAACCCAUUUCACCUAAAACCCUAAAUCUCACCAAUUCACUCAGAACUUCAAUCAACUGUGAACCUGAAGAACAUCUAAAUGAUGGGCCUGGACCUGGGCGUGGGCCCAUUAGACUUCCGGUGGUGGUUAGGCAUUCGGGUCGAGUUUCAAGGUACAUGUGGGAUGGGAACAGUGUGAAGUUGGUUAGUGUUGAUGGUGGUGCCACGUCAUUUUCUGGUGUUGAGCUUGAGGAUGGGUUUGGGAAGUUGAGUAGGGUGUUGAGUUUGGGGGUUAGGGAUUUUUUUAUUCCUAAGAGAGUUCCUGAGAAUUAUAUGGAUUAUGUUAAAUGGAAGUUCUUGCACCGGGUUUUUAGCUCUGCUUUGCAAGUUCUUGCUACUCAGGCUAUGUUUCGGGCUAUAGGCAUUGGGUAUUCUCGUUCACUUCCAUCAGCAGCUGCUCUUAACUGGGUCUUGAAGGAUGGACUUGGACGGUUAAGUAGGUGUAUCUAUACUGCUAGCCUGGCAUCUGCUUUUGAUACCAAUUUAAAGAGAGUUAGGUUCUCGACAUCCGUCAUUUUCAGUUUGAGCAUUGGGUUGGAGCUGCUGACCCCUACAUUUCCUCAGCAGUUCUUGCUUCUUGCAACUAUUGCCAACAUUGCAAAACAAAUAAGCCUUGCGUGCUACUUAGCUACUGCUCCUGCUGUUCAUCGAAGCUUUGCAAUAGCAGAUAACCUUGGUGAAGUUUCUGCAAAAGCACAGAUACAAACAGUGUGCUUUGAUAACCUUGGCCUCAUGCUUGCUGCAAUUUUAAACAUCCUGUUCAAGAACAAUUACAGAUUGCUUGCAGGUGUGCCUUUUGUUAUAUAUCCCAUUUUUUCAGCUAUAGACCUUUUUGGAAUAUAUCAAGGGCUUCAGCAUGUCCAUUUACAAACACUAACUAAGGAUAGGCUUGAAAUAAUACUGAAUACAUGGAUCGAGUUAGGAUAUGUACCUUCACCUGCUGAAGUGAGUAAAAAGGAAGGAAUUGAUUUUCUGAGGACCAAAGGCAAAGGACUAUGGCCAAUCAGAAUAGGUUGCUUGAAUACCAAGGAUCAAAUACCCGUGUUGUCAAUGACCGCAAUGCAAUCUUUAAGCGACAAAGAUUAUUACUUUAUAUGUGUAGAGAACUCUCACAGAGGAUUUUCAAAAACUAAGCAACGAGGCAUCCUUCUAUCUUUGAGAGAGGGCGCUGGCACAGCAGAUAUCAUUAUGGGUUUGUUGCAGGCAUGUUACAUUCGGAAGGCCUUGCUUUUUAGUUCGUGCGGAACUGUUCUAGAUGACUUUAAUCCUGCCGGAUUGGUUCACGAGGAGUGGAUUAAAUUGAUGGAGGAUAGCAAGCGAUCAGUAGAAACCGGCAUCUCUGAAUUAAAUGAUCAAAUGACUGCUCUAAGUUGGGCAAUGAAGAAUAUAUUACUGAGCACAGAAGAGCAAGCCAGAUACAGUUUUGUAGAUGACUGAUGAAUGAAACAUCAGAGUAUAACCCUUAUAAAUUUUGGGGUUUCAUGUAUUUCAGGAAAGCUGAUAAUUUACUUGUAUAAUAAAUAUAUCUCAUUAUUUUUUGGGGGUUAAUAUAUAUUAAAGCUCUUGUACUA